UUGUCCUUAUGCCAAAGCACGCCAACGUGGAGAAGUAUAUCCCCGUUUGACAUGAGUAGAGAUAAUAUAUCCCCCGUCAUACAGGCUUACGCACAAACCUCGGCACAUUCCGAUGAGAAGGUCGAGAAAAUGAAUUUGAAAAGAGUGCCACAACUGCUAAUAAUGGAUCUCGAAUUUAAGUUUGACGAGCUAAAAUAUGACAUAGUUAAAAGGAUCGACAAAGAAUUGAUGGACUCACAAAACGCAAGAGAAUUUGUUUCACAAAAAUACGACGAGUUGUGCAAUAAAAUUAAACAUUUAACGGAGCUGGACGCAACUGUCACAAGUUUUAGAAGUGACGUGAAGACUAUUGAAAAGCAGCUCACCGAAUUGUCGAAUAGAUUAGACAAGAUCGAGAAGAAAAUGAUUUCUAGGGAUAGUUCUAUAACCGCAUCGAAUCUGUUUUGA